UGGGUCUGGAUAUGAUUAGGGAGCCUUUAAUUGGACUGCCAUUUACUCUGUAGAGGUCUAGAAGCCAACUCGUGCAGGGAAGUGGCUUGCGUCGACCCUCAGCCUUUGUGGUAACCCUAACCCCGACCUGGGCGACAUAGGUCAAACAUACAAAAGCAAAGCCCAACACGGCAAAAUCCGUCUAAUCCGAGGUUCCAAUGUAAAUUCUGGAGGCUCAUGAUCGACCGGGGAGGGAUCGACUAGGGCCCCGAAUUAAAUCGGAGUCUUUGGACGCAGUAUCUUUUUCCUCCUAAGGAGAACCAGAAUCAAACUCUCCCCGCAGAAUUUCUUAUGCCCUCGACGGAAGUUCCCAGAACACAUGCUCUACGUUGUAGGCUCUAGACCAAAUCGCAACAAUGGUGUUGGAAGCUAUCUAUGUCACGCGCCACGGGUUCCGUUCAAACUGGCUCGUCGACCCAUCAACUGGCGAGUAUUCAGCCUUGAUAAGCUCUCCUACAGGGAUCGCCGCGGAUCCUGCAUUGACAGCCCACGGCGUCGACCAGGCAAGGGAGCUGGCUGCCCAUCUACGGACACUGAGCCCGCCGAUAGAGCAGGUCUACUCAAGUCCGUAUUACCGCUGCCUGCAGACGGUCGAGCCCUUUGUUUCUUGGGGACAGAGAUCGUCAGGGCAGGCCGACCAAGGUGGUCGCGAGACAGAUGGGGAAGCCAAGUUCAGUAUUCGCGCUGAGACAGGACUCGGGGAAUGGUACGGGUCGGCCCCUUUCGAGCAUCCCACUUCAGCAGACCCAGAAGUCCUGAAGACACUAUUCCCCGCCUUUGACUUGGAUUAUCGGCCAAUUGCCCGGCCGACAAGGAUGGGGGAGACCCUCUCUGAACUCCACGACCGUGUCGCCGCCACAAUGGAAGGCAUUAUUGCGCAAUGCGAUCGGGAAGGGACAAGGGCAAUAUUGAUCUGCUCCCACGCCGCUGUGAUCAUUGCACUGGGUCGGGUCCUGACAGGGGCCAUGCCUGAUGACGUGGAGGUGGAGGACUUUGGUGCUUUCACAUGCGGUCUUAGCGUCUUUCAGAGAAAGAUAACAACGCUCGGCGGUGGUGGCCAGGGAGGCGAUGGUCGUAUUCCCAAAGAUAGCCUAGGGGAGCAGUCCGUCGAUCUAGACGAGAGUGGAAAUGCCGGGAGGAUGGCGGAAAUUAAACGGCGGGGCCACGAGACGGCACGGAUCCUACCACUACUGAGCGGUAGAGACAAGAAACACUCAUCCGACGACGAACAAACAAGCCACGCAGAUCGGAUCUGCACCCGCGUCGAUCCUGCCCAUCAACGGGUUACCGCCUGGAGAGGAGGCGCCGGGGUUGCAGGAGGCUGGAAGUGCCUAGUCAAUAGCGAAUGCAGCUUCCUCAAAGGGGGUGAGGAGCGAGGAUGGCGUUUCUCGGGCGAUGAAGCAUUUGCCGGCAAUGGCCAACUAGGAGUCGACGCAGGUUUGGGAUUGGAUAUUGUGAUGGAGGGUAAAGCCGGACAAACUGGCCGGGAACGCGCAAGCAAACCUCGACUGUGAGCCUGGACUCCUUUGCUUCGUGGUGUGAUAAGAGACUACACUACCUAGGUAGAUACGUAUAGUCGACAGCAGCUACCAUUUGUUGCCACCUCCAUGUACGUAGUACGUCGUACACGUGUAAUGUACAUGCAACUGGGAUAGCCCUACCUUAGCUAGCUUGCAAGCACGUCAAGCUCGCAACCACGGUAC